AUGGGAAUUUUAUCCCCUCCAGAUUCGCCGUUUGCGCCUCCGUCAUUCCUUUACCAGAUCAUUUACCACCCAUUGACUACCUGCUUCACGUUCUUGCACCAGCUUCUUGUUUACCUUCGAGGACCGCCGUACCUCCCACCCAAAAAUAAGAUCCCCAUUCGAGUAGUUUGUAUCUCUGACACGCACUCUCAAAUCCCUCCCACGGCUAUACCUAAAGGCGACCUCCUCAUCCACUCUGGCGAUCUAACGAACACCGGCAGCCUUUCCUCCAUUCAACAAGCCAUAGACUGGUUAAAGACUCUACAGAAGCCCUGGCAUGGCUCUUCCGAUGGCUUCCGCCAUAUUGUGGUCGUGGCAGGGAACCACGACAGCUACUUCGAUGAGCGCAGCCGAAGUGUCCACGAUCGAAAGAACUCCCACCGCACCCUCGAUUGGGGCAAAGUCCACUACCUGCAACACUCGUCCAUAACCCUUCCAUUCCCCGACGACCGUCAAUUGCGAGUCUAUGGAGCUCCACAAAUUCCUAAGUGCGGCGGCAAAGAUUUCGCUUUCCAGUAUAACCGAGGACAAGAUGCAUGGAGCGGUACCAUACCAGAGGAUGUUGAUGUGCUAGUCACACACAACCCACCAAAAUGGCACUUGGAUGUCCCUCAGAGCGGAGGCAUGGGUGACGAGUAUGAGUUGCGGGAAGUCUGGCGCGUUAGACCUACGUUACAUGCUUUCGGACACGUCCACACGGGCUACGGCACCGAUGUUGUCUGGUGGGACGACAGCCAGAGGUCAUUUGAAGAAUUUCUCGAAGCGGCUUACAACAAACCUGCCGAAACGCCCGCCAGCCAUCGCCUGCCGUUGACAGAGCUAAUGGAUGUCCCGUUAUGGGUGAGGGGCUUUAAGUCGCUGAUUGCAGAUGUGCGAGGUCUUCUGUGGACGAGGCUCUGGGGUGGUGCCCGACAGGGAGGAUACAUGGUCAACGGCGCCCUAACCUAUCAGACGACCAACAAGCUACUGAAUAAGCCUCGCGUAGUAGAAUUGUGA